AUGUGGGAGGUCGUCUACCCGGGCCGCAGCCUCCAAGUCUCCAAUGAUUUUGCCGUGCUCCGUUUGCGCGAGGCUCCGGAAGUGGAGGUUGCAGCGGCCACGGGGGAGGAGCUGAGGCUGAGGGUCUCCGAAGACUUCAGGGCCCUCAGCGUGGAGGCCAAGGCGAGGGACGCAAAGGAGGCCCAGGGCGCCGCACGCGAGGCCGCGCGCCGGAAGGCCAACGAGGAGCGCCGCGAGGCCGCGGCCAGGGCCGAGGCCCGAGCCCUGAGAAACGCAAAGGGAAAAAGGCUAGCAUGCCAGGUGCUUCUCGUUCUCGCCAUCUUCUUGGGCAGCGUCAUCGGAAUCGCCUGCGUGAAACCGGCCAGCGGCCUCGCCGCCGGGCUCCUGGCCGGCGGCGCCCUCUGCUGCUGCUGCGGCGUCAGCCUCUUUGGAGUCGUCAGAGGCAGCGCCGACGAGAGUUAUGAGAUGAGAUUCGGCGCUUGGGCUGGGUGCGUCGGGCGCCUCACGCUCCUGGCCGUGGGUAUGGGCUUCGUGGCCUUGGUGGGGAUGACGGUCCAGCACUCUCAGCUCGGCUACUGGUGGAGCUCGCUCAUCGUCUGGCCGAUCUCCUGCUGCUGGGGCGGGUUCACGCUCUUGACUCGGUGCUUUGGUGCGGGGUUUUUACUGGACGACGACCAGCUCACAACCCUUGACGAGGAACGGGCGGAAGCUGAGAAGGAGGUGCUGAACCGCAGCAUCGUCUUCAAAGGCGAAGUCUCCAGGGAGCCCGGCCGGGAGUGCGUCGCCUCAUGGCCGGGGAAGUAUGAGUCAGCGUGGGACUCCUUGGUGGCCAGCGCCCGCGAGGGCGAAGUGAGUGCCGCCGUCGUCUUCCUGCCGGACGGCACGUCGGACUUUGGCCGCCACGACCAGAUCCCACCGCAAGAAUGCUUGAAGGGAGAAUGCUGGUGUGUACCUCUCUAUGGUGAAGAGAAGGACUGGGGGUGCCGCUGGUGGACACACUGGAUUGAGAACGUGGAGGCGGCUGUGAAGAACAAUGCUGAGCUGCAGGUGUUUUUCUUCGAAGGUCUCACAGGGCGUGGCAAAGUCCCCAGCUUUGACGCAGCCGGCGCUGAGCAUCUCCGAAGGGAGGAAGUCAACAGCCAGCGCAAAGACUUCAUGAAGUCUCGGGAGUUCAAAAAGGCCGUGGACCGUGGCCUCAAUGAGCUUUCCAAGGAGCCUCGUUGGGACAGCUCGUCCCCCUACUCACGCGAAGUGCAUCGGCUUUUCCUGGCAUGGCUCCCCAAGGAAAAACGUGAAUUCCUGCAAGCAUCGGAGGGUCUCGGCAACUCCCAGAAAGCGGAAGUAGCGUGGCUGGAACGGAAAGGAUACCGCUACACUGAAGUUGAUGUUUCAACUUGGUUGCAUGCAGAUGAUGUGUCGAUUGCCGUCGCAAGGUCGGCGGAGCCAACGCACCCAGAAGCCUGUCUACUGGCAGCAAGCAGAAAGAUAAGCCUUUAA